AUGCGUCUUCUCGAUCUCUAUUCCGCUAGUGUUUUCUUGUUCGGCGCAGCAUCUGCGUACGGCUAUCCAAGCAACUCAUGUGAAGACUUGGCCUUGGUACUUCCCAACCGCACCUUCUUCCCCGCAGCAUCAACCUACAACGCAUCAAUCCAAUCAUAUCCAUUCCUUCAGCUUCGUCUGCGACCAUCGUGCAUUGUCCGUCCAAUAUCCGCAGAAGAUGUAGCAAUCGCCAUCAAUAUUCUGCGAGUGAGCAACAGCACCAAGUUUGCGAUCAAAGGAGGUGGUCACAACGCGAACGUUGGCUUCAACAAUGUCGAUGAGGGCGUUACAAUCGACAUGCAGAGCAUGAACAAGGUUGAAGUUGCGCGAGGAAAUCAGGUCGUGAGGGUUGGUGCGGGAGCGCUGUGGCAGGACGUAUAUGACGAGGCUGAGAAGCGGGAUCUGACAGUACUUGGGGGUCGCAUUGGCGUCGUCGGAACUGCUGGCUUUCUGACAGGAGGUGGUAUAUCUUUCUUCAGCCCAGAGCGUGGAUGGGCAUGUGACGGCGUCGUCAACUUCGAGGUCGUACUCGCGAGCGGGAGGAUUGUCAAUGCCAAUGCGACAUCGCAUUCUGACCUCUUCGCAGCGCUCAAAGGAGGGCAGCUCAACUUCGGCAUAGUCUCGCGCUUUGACUUGGCAUCCUUCCCUGCUGGUCCUAUCUAUGGUGGAAGAAUCGUGUUCGGGCCCAACGCCACCACGCCUUUGCUUUCUGCAUUUACCAAGUUCAAGCUCGGAGAAUAUGACCCAUAUGCAGCGGGCUGGGUCACUGUACGAUACAACCAUACGGCAGCGACGUUCACCCCAGUGAGCAUCAUGUGGUACACACGGCCAGCGCAAAGGCCUGGGGCACUGAAGGCGAUUUUCGAGACCAAGCCGCAAGUCAUAAAUGGCAUGGUUGAAGCUCCCAUUAGUGAGCAUACUAGGAACGCAUCGAGACAAGCAGCCGCGAAUCCUCAGCGCACCAUCUGGGCGACGACCUCUUUCGCCGUCUCGCCAACGACCAUUAAUCGCAUUCACACCUUGUGGAAGCGGGUCGUACCUGAGAUUGCUGCACAGUACGCCUACGCCAAACCAGUCGCGGAGAUAACCUUCCAGGCUCUUCCCGCACCCCCUCGCAAUGGCGCAUCGCCCAAUAGCUAG